UUUUAUUUUGGACACAUAAUCAAUUUUUUUUUAUUAAUUUUAAUUUUAUUUACCACUUGUGUAAAUCCAAUCAAUUGAAUUGUGAUAAUUCCAUAUUUUUUUCAGUAAAAUCAAAAAUCCCAAAAUGAGUAACCGUACCAAAGGAAAUGUUAAACCGUCAAAUAGUGAACGUGCAUCUCGUUUAUUGACAACGAAUAAAUUUCUUUCAUUUUCGGAAGCUUCAAAAAAUUUAUCCUCGGUUUAUAAAGCAACCGAUGGUGCUGGUGGUGGUGGUGGUAAUUCGAGACAAAAUGAUUCAAUUACAGCAUCGGCAUUUGAUUGUGAAAUCAGUUCAGAUUUUCAACAAAUAUUCAAACAUAUGGCCAAAAAAGAUGUUAAUACAAAAAUAAAAGCAUUGGAAGAAUUUGUUGAAUUAUGUCGUCAAAAAAACCAAAACGAAUUGUUAAGUAUUGCACGUUUUUGGUUUCGUUUAUAUCGAAAAUUGGCCAAUUCAUUAGAAUGGAACAUACGUAAUGCCAGUCAUGAAACACAAUAUCGAUUCAUUUCAUCAAUCGAUAAGAAUUUAAUUCAGGAA